UUUUGACAGUAUGGAGAACGCCGCCUUGUGCUACUUUCACGGCUGCACGAGCAAGCCCAUGGAGGGCUCGGUCAAGUGCCACUUCCACCGCAACCGCGGCCUUUGCCGCAUCAGCAACUGCCGCAACCAAGUGUACGCGCGGAGCCUCUGUGUGCGCCACGGCGGCCGCCACCCGUGUGCGCACCCCGGGUGCUCAACAAACGCGCGCCUCGGUGACUUUUGCUGCCGCCACAGCAAGCACAAGAAGCUCUGCCACCACCCUGGCUGCACCAAGGUGAUCCAGAUCCACAACCGUUGCAUUCGCCACGGCGGGAGCAAGCAUUGUCUGUACCCAGGCUGCGCGACGCCCGCGCGGGCUGGUGGUCACUGCUGGCGCCACCGCAUGUACAUCAAGCGCGAGAACGCGCCGACAUCGCCCUCGGACAGUAGCCACCAAGGUUGUUGCAGCGACAGUGCCAUGAGCGACGAUGGCACGAGCUCCGAGAUGGCGCUACCCCUCUCGGGCGACGACUUGGAUGCAUCCAUCUUGGACGUGCUGCUCACAUGCGGCGACAUGAGUUGGAGCCAUACCGACGGCGCCUCGUUCGUGCUAUGA